UUCUCUCUGGUGGAGGAUGUGGCUCUGCACUUCACCUGUUUGAUGGACAGGCUGAAUGAGCAGCGCCUCUUCCAGCCCCACCUGUGCGACGUUGACAUCGUCCUGGUCCGGCAGCACAGUACCUUCCCCGCCCACAAGGGAGUGCUGGCUGCCUACAGUCCGUUCUUCCACUCCCUGUUCGCUCAGAGCAAACAACUGCGCCGUGUGGAUUUGUCUCUGGAUGCCCUGACGUCGCAAGGCCUUCAACAGAUCCUCAACUUCAUCUACACCUCCAAACUGUCGGUGAGUGGCCGCACUGUCCGAGACGUGCUCAACGCUGCCACCCUCCUGCAGAUGAGUGACAUUGCAGCUUCCUGCCGUGACCUCAUCAGCAGCCACUCUCUCAGAAGCACGAGCUCAGAAAUGGCUAAUCAGGAUGGUUCGUGUAGUGUCGACUCAGUUGCCACAGCAAUAACCCCCGGCCGCUUCUACCGCGAGAUCAAGCAGGAGUCCGAGUUAGCCAAAGUGUUCACGCGUGAAGGUGUCAGUCCAUUUUCAGUGAGAGUAGAGGAUGCUGGGAAACCACAGUUAAAGCAGUACUACCAGAAAGAGGAAAGCUCAGGGGGUGGGGCUAAUGGGGGCGGAGAUGAAAGUAAAGGGGAGGAGUCCAAAGCAUCAGAGGGCCACACCUCUUUUAAUAGAGAACAGAUUAUUGUGGAAGUGAACCUUAACAACCAGACACUCAAUGUUUCCAAAGGAUCUAAAGGCAAAAUGGCAAGUGCAGAGCCUGCAAUGUUUGGUCGCUCCCAUGGAAACAAUGCAGAUUUAAACAACGAAGUAGACAAUGACGAAGAGGAGCUUAAUAGUACAGAGAUGCUAGGGCAUAGUACUGAAGAAGACACAGAGGAUGAAGAAGAGGGGGAGGAAGAAGAGAACGCACUUAACAUUCCAGGGUUAGAGCAGGCAGCCAUUUUGGAUCGACCCCGCCGUGACACCAGGAGCCUGGCCACGACUUCAAUGAGACAAACCUUAGCUGAAGCCACGCGGGGCAACCAGCGCCAGAGUGGGACCAGGAUGCUAGAGGUUGAGGGGGCAGGGCAGAAGGUGAGAUUGGAGGAGAAACAACACUUCUCCUGUAAAAAGUGCCCCAGGAUCUUCAACAACCGCUGGUACCUGGAGAAGCACAUGACUGUCACUCACAACCGCAUGCAGAUUUGCAACAACUGUGGCAAGCGCUUCCUGAUGGAGAGUGAGCUGCUGCUGCACCAACAGACUGACUGUGAGAAGAGCAUACAGUGUGUGACAUGUGGAAAGGCCUUUAAGAAGCUGUGGUCGCUGCAUGAGCACAACAAGAUCGUCCACGGUUACGCUGAGAAGAAGUUCUCGUGUGAGAUAUGUGAGAAGAAGUUCUACACCAUGGCUCAUGUCAGAAAGCACAUGGUCGCUCACACCAAGGACAUGCCGUUCACCUGUGAGACAUGUGGGAAGUCAUUCAAACGCAGCAUGUCCCUGAAGGUGCACUCUCUGCAGCACUCGGGGGAGAAACCCUUCAAGUGUGAGAACUGCAGUGAGCGUUUCCAGUACAAGUACCAGCUGCGCUCCCACAUGAGCAUCCACAUCGGGCACAAACAGUUCAUGUGUCAGUGGUGCGGCAAAGAUUUUAAUAUGAAGCAGUACUUUGACGAGCACAUGAAGACUCACACUGGGGAAAAGCCGUACAUUUGUGAGAUCUGUGGGAAGAGCUUCACGAGUCGUCCCAACAUGAAGCGCCACCGCCGCACGCACACGGGUGAGAAACCGUACCCCUGUGAGGUCUGUGGCCAAAGAUUCCGCUUUUCCAACAUGCUCAAAGCCCACCGAGAGAAGUGCUUCAGACUGAGCACCACCCAAGCCCCUGACCGCACGGAUCAGCCUACCUCUACCCCCGCCACGGACGCCUCCACUCAGCUCCAACUAGUGGCCACAUCGGUAACUACACCCCCCACCACACCCACUAACCAGCACCCACUCCACGGCACCCAGAUGUCCCUGCCUCUGCUGCACUCCAUGGGGGCCUUGCCUCCGAGUCCUCAGCUGCCCCCACCUCCCCCCCUGUUCUCUGCCGGUAGGAUCAACUCAAAUAACUAAAACUUUUCGUAGCAUCGGAACGCACUUUCUUUCUUCUCAAGUGACAACAUGAAGGCCUCAGAAAAACACACCUACCACAAACUGACUUUUUUACUUUGCAAAUACAAUAGAUAACCUCAGAUUUCACCUGGACUUAUACUCGCCGCUUUCUCCUCUUGGAUUGACUGGUUUGACCUGGGAUUUUCCAACACAAUAUUCUUAUUUACAGAGUCUCGCACAAGUAACUGAUUGUAGCAACCUGGAAGUUUAAAAACAUGAUUAGCAGUCAAACCCGUUACAAUGAGAAGUUUUAUUUUUGAUUGCUCUCUACCCAGAUGUAGCCAGAUGUGACCCAGCAAUAACCAAAUGCUGAUAUUGUUGUCUCUUGGGUGUAUUGGUGUAUAUGGCAUUGCCAGUAACCAAAUCCUGUUAGCUCCUGUUAUAGUUAGAUAAUGUUAUAUAGCAUUUAUAAUCAGCUCUUGCACCUUACAUUUAACUCCUGUGAUAUUUAGUACUCCAAUUUGUCUUCAUUUUUAUGAGUGUAACUUUAUGUUGUGGAAGGGAUGUGAGAGAGUGCAAUGUUGUGUGUUUAAGUGGAAUUUAAAUCCAGUGUGUGAGCUCCUUUAAGUGGAGAGAAGAUGAAGGAUGUUGUGUCAUGUUUUGCUUACAUUAAGCAACAUGCUACUCCAGAAGUGAAGCACUUUUCUGUGUAAAGGCUCCUGUACUGCCACCUAUUGUAAGGCGGAAUUAAGUAAUACCUAAUAUUAACCAGUAGUUUGGAACUCAUUACAAGUUAAUCAAUUCAAGUAGUUACAUAAUCAACAAAGGUAACUAAUUUUAGGGAUUGACAAACCUGCUGAAAUAACUGUGCACAAUUAAUAGUUAUUCAUUAUAUUCUCUAUAAUGUGAACUGUCUUAUAUGCCUAAGUCUCUGUUAUAACAUUUGGCAAUGAAGAGUUUGCUCCUUUGUGAUACAAUAGACUUAAAAAAGUAAUAACUUAGCUGUGAUAGUCAGCCGAACAUAUGCCCUAUAUGCACUUUUACUACCAUUAUAAUGUAGUUUUGGUGUUUAAAGUAACACCUUAAAUUAACUUUCUAUUUUUGUUCAGUUGUUAUCUGACAUUUCUGUCCAAAAAAGUUGAAAGCACCUAUGAGAGACAGGAGUUGGGGUGGAUCAUGGUGUAGCAUUGCCCUGUAAAUACAGUGUGACUAUUCCUUAUGUUUACAAGGAGGCCACAGAAUGUGCCCUGUGUAGUGGCUGGUACAACCAGAUGAUGAAAGGCUGUGGUGUAAGAUUAGACUGAUUUGUGUUUGAAGAUUUGUUUAAGCAUUAAGCACCUUAUUGCUAUGUCUGCCCACCUUUGUUAAGGCUUCAACUGUCAUUAAACAGGUUGGGCCUCAAUAUGAUAUUGUACUUCCCAUGCGUUAGACACAUUUUAAUUUUAUUUGCUGGUUUUGUACAUGUAAUGUUUUUUUUUGUUUUGUUUUAGAAAUUAGAAAUCCUAUGGGGCUGUAGAAACACAGAAGAUCAAUUGUUGCCCUCUAGUGGCAACAGAGUGAACUGCAGAGUUACUUCAAUAAGUUCAAAAAGGCACAAAGGAAGGAUGGUGGCUUUGCAGCACUAACCCAAUAGCCAAAGCUGUAUUGUUGUCAAAGAAUCUAUUUGCCUUAUAUUUGGUAGAAACUGAAUGUUUUAUGAACAAUGUUGAUGGUUUUCUAUUUACUACUGAUUUAUGCACUUUGAAUUUGGUUGCUCUGUAGCCCAUUGUACAUUUUAGAAGAUUAGUCUGUAAAGUUUCCAAAGGCUAGCACAGAUGCAUCUGAAAGGAUCCAAACAACAUUUGCACAUGAAUCUGGUUCAUAUUUAAUUAAAGGUUUAGGUCAGAUGAGGUUUUGUGGCUGUGGCCUUGUCUUUGUUGUGAACAGAAAGCAGGUGUCACCAACAGACAAAUGGUGUGAAUCAAAAGAAAGCACUAAACAUUUUACAUAUUGUUUUUCAAAAAUCUAUUGCCAAUGAAUUUGAAAUGAAUUACAAAAGCACUUUAACUUUUUAGCUGCUUAGCAGCAAUGUAGUUGCAAUUAAAAAAUAAGUUUCAAAAAUGUACUAAAAUGCAAUUGGUUACUAAAACAAAACUGUAAGUGGAUUGAUGUAUGAGCACACGACCAAAGGAUUGCACUGCAGUAAAUCAAAUACUGCAAGUUAUGAAUUGUCAAAGGAACAUGAAGUUUAACAAAAUAAUAUCAAGAGAUAUUUGACAAUACUUUGAUUUGUUACUUUUUAUAACACACUUAAGAGACUACAUUUUGUUAACACAAGUAAGAAAGUCUUCCUUGAAUCUGGUUUUAAAAAAAAGUAUUUGACCAAGAUAAUUUAUAGCUGUGACACACACACACAUUAGGUAUAGUUAUUUUCACACUUUAAUGUGAUGAGUUGUUUUGCACUGUGACUGGUCAAAUGGACUUAGACUUGACACUUUUCCUCCUGACUGCUGCUGAAGGCUUACAGCUGGUGUGAGAUGGUUCAGAGCUGCUACAGAAAUUUGAGCUUGUGUUGGUAGUCUGGGUUUAAGAGAUGCAGCUAUUAGGGCAUUGCAGAAGAGUGGGAUGGGAUUAUUAGAAUUAGAUAUAGGCUAUGAAUAAUGAACUUUUAUAGCAGUUCUGUUGCAUUAUCCUUAUUUGAUUGCAGAUCCUCACUGUUGUCCCCAUAGAACCCCCUCUGCCCUGGUCCUGAACUGCAGCUGUUAAAGGGUCAGACUCAGAACUUUGUAAUGUACCAAACAUGUCUUAGUUCCUCUGGUGUACAGCAGAACAAUAUAAAAUAACCCCAUGUAAAGGACUAUAGUAUCUAGUGGUGCUAAUAACAUUAGAUUGUAUUACUGUCUUUAUCUGUACGAUUGACUAGUGUUUCCUGUCUGUAACA